AUGGAACUCGAAGACUUGCCCGACAACGAAAUACGUCAGCGUCUCAUCGCUUUGGGUCAGAAUGUCGGUCCACUGACACCAACAACAAGAGCAGUCCACAUAAAAAAGCUGCGGAACCUGUUGGCAAUGCAAGGAGAGAACGUGGCCGUUCACGAACCGACGCCACCUCCAUCUUUCAGCAGUGGAGAUGGAACAAAUCAGCUGGAGAUUUUUGACAGUGAACCAAUUGCAGAGGAGGAACCUAUGUUAACGCAGCUUCGUGCGCCACAAACAAUGUCGGAGACGCCUCGUGCUUCUAAGGUCACCACUACCACGGUUCCCCAACAACCUAAAAAGACAGCGGUGACUGACGACAGUUCCGAUGGAGAAAUGUGGGGUUCGGAAUCGGUGCGAUAUUUGUCGCCCGAAGAAAUGGAAUUGGAGAUGAACCACAAUAGGACCUUACCGGUUUCUAACGUCGUUCAAACUGGUAAUCUUAGGAAGGUGGGACCGAACAACAUUCUAUUUUGCCAAUAA